AUGGCUGUCUUAAAAACUCACCUGAAAAUUUCCUUCUUCUUGUCUCUCACUUACUUCUGGCUUGGUUUCGUUGAAGCCCAGAUCUUGAAGCAAUCAUGCAUAAAUGAGGUGUGCAGUGCCAAACGUGUCACCAUCUCCAACCCUCCCAUCAAUCUCUGGGAUGCCAAUGUCAUCACUGCGUUCAACGAGUUCAUGGUCAGCCUACAAGAUCAGAACGAAACCAAAGUUGUCGUUUUCGAUAGCGACAACUCCGACUUCUGGGCCUCUAACCUUGACAUUAAUUUACUCACGCAGCUUGGGAUUCCUGGACGCAAUGAGAUCAAUGGUCGAGCCUGGGGUGCUGGGGACGAACACUUGUUGAGAAUGGAUAUGAGAUUUGCUGGACCAGAGGCACAAUUCGGCGCGCCCGAGGCAGCUAUCGGAGUGAUUCAUGUCGGUGGAUUUCAACAGUUGGUUAAACUCAUUGGUCCUGGACGCGCUGCAGAAUACAUGCUUGCCGCUGCACAGGUCAGCGCUUCCGAAGCAGCUCGCGUUGGUUGGGUCAACUCUGUCCAUCCUACAGCCAACGCUCUUCGAAAACAUGUCAAUGACAUUGCGGCAAGGAUUGCACUCUUCCCUAUCGAGACUCUUCGAGCGACAAAAGCCAGUAUUGCGGAACAGGCUCCUCCUAGGGCAGCCUUUGAAAACGAUCUUGCUCGAUUUAAUCAGCUGGCAGCACUACCGCAGGUGGCAGCAAAUGUGGGCGCCGUUCUGCAGGUAUCCAAGAACGAAUCCAAGGCUUUCGAGGAGAAUCUGAACAAUAAUAUUGUGAAAAAGCUUUACCAAGUACCUAACUAA